GCUCUUCUAAGCGCGAAACCGAUGGAAUGGAAUUGGAAAACUGGCGAUUCUGAGUGAAUUUAGUGCGCAACAGCCGCUACACGCUACCCCUGUCCAGAUUCAUUCCUUCUUUAAUUCCUUCCUUCUCUAAUCCCUUCUUCUCUGGCUGCCUCAUCACUCUUCUCUCCUCAGGGUACUUGAAUCUGAACUUGUAGGGAGAGUGCUGGGUAGCAGUGUCGAGCAAGAUGCAUUUUUUGGUGUCAUGAAAUAGAAGAUCAUCACUCAAAUGUCUGCUGUGGGAAAUGGAAAUAAUAUUUUCUGGCACAACUGUCCUGUCGGAAAGCCUGAAAGGGAGAAACUUCUCGACCAAAAAGGUUGUGUUGUCUGGAUCACAGGCCUUAGUGGAUCAGGGAAAAGCACUGUAGCUUGCUCAUUGAGUAAAGAGCUUCAUGCGAGAGGGAAGAUUUCUUAUGUGCUAGAUGGAGACAACCUUCGACAUGGACUAAACAAGGAUCUUAGUUUUAGUGCUGAAGAUCGUGUUGAAAAUAUUCGCAGAGUUGGAGAAGUAGCAAGACUUUUUGCUGAUGCUGGUUUAAUAUGCAUUGCUAGUUUGAUAUCUCCAUAUAGAAGAGAUAGGGAUUUCUGCCGUGAAUUAUUGCCUGAGGCAAACUUUAUUGAGGUGUUCAUGAACAUGCCUCUAGAAUUAUGUGAGGCAAGAGAUGCAAAGGGUCUUUACAAACUCGCCCGAGAGGGAAAGAUCAAAGGUUUUACUGGGAUCGACGACCUGUACGAACCGCCUCUGAACUGCGAGAUUGAAUUAAGGCAAAACGAUGGAGUUUGCCCGACCCCGUGCGCCAUGGCAAAGCAGAUAGUGGCGUACUUGGAGGAAAAAGGAUUUCUUGAAGCUUAGUUGCAACCGUUGCCUCAGCCACCUGUUGGGUACGUCGAAUGGUUCGAUGUCUGAUGGGGAAUAUGUUUAAAGAAUAGACUGAUAGGUAAUAAGUACAUAAUAUAAGAUGUAAUUUUAGAAAAAAAUGUAAAUCUGAUAUCUCUGGAAAGAAGUAUUAUAAUAGAGAUAGAUGAUGUUGGUUUUAUGAAAUUGCUCACUUAUUCAAUCAGUGAUAUUGGGAAUGCUUCUGACUUGUCUUAGGUUGGACCAAACUGAAAAUUUAGUGUCAUAAUUCAUUAUUUAUUUGGAAA